AUGGAGAAACGCAAGAAAUCUGGAGAAGGCGUGAGCAAAGCUGGAUCAGAGGACGUCCAAAAGAUUGCAAGGUAAGUUUGCGACGUUGCCUUUUUGAUUGUUCGUUUUCUAAAUUAAUAUAAUUUAUGUUUCAGCCGGCCCAUGUUCAGCUUAGAUGCAAGAAAUAAGCUGGAGAAGGCGUGAGCAAAGCUGGAUCAGAGGACGUCCAAAAGAUUGCAAGGUAAGUUUGUGACGUUGCCUUUUUGAUUGUUUGUUUUCUAAAUUAAUAUAAUUUAUGUUUCAGCCGGCCCAUGUUCAGCUUAGAUGCAAGAAAUAAGCUGGAAAAAGGCGUGAGCAAAGCUGGAUCAGAGGACGAGUGUGGAGAUCACUUCGGAGUUCAGAUUGCAUGA